UGGUGAGGUGACUCGGAGUAUGGCAGCCCCCGGGCCGCUGCUGAUGUGGUUGCUCAGCGUCGGCUGCGCGGUAGUUUGUGUGGCUGGCUGCAGUGGGAAGGCGGAGCUGCACACUGAGAGGAGGGGUGUGAUCUUCAGCCCCUCAUGGCCUCUGCGGUACCCCCACAGCCUCAACUGCAGCUGGGACAUCCAGGCAGAGAGGGGAGAGGUCAUCACCAUCAGUUUCCGUAACUUUGACGUGGAGGAGUCUGAGGGGUGUGUGUGGGACUGGCUGCUGCUGGGCCCCCGGUGGAGGGGGGAGUAUCGUGUGUGUGGCCCCCUCCUGCCCCCCCCCUUCAUCUCGUCCCGCGGCCGGGUCUCACUCCUGUUCCACUCGCACACCAACUCAUCAGGACAGGCACAGGGCUUCCGCCUCUCCUACAUCCGUGGGCAUCUGGGCCAGAGCAGUUGCCAAGCGGACGAGUUCCUGUGCGGUAACGGGAAGUGUGUGCCGCGGUCGUGGCGCUGCAACGCUCAGGACGAGUGUGGCGACCAGACGGACGAGCGCAGCUGCGUGGCCCCGCCCACCGACGCGCCCUUUGACCUCUGCCCCCGCGGGUCGCUGGCGUGCCGCCUGGGUCCGACCACGCGCUGCCUGCCGCCCGAGCGCCGCUGCGACGGCACCAACGACUGCCCCGACGGCGCCGACGAGCUGGCCUGCGCCCCGGCCCUCUCCGGCCCCGCCCCCUGCGCCCAGCGCCUGCGCAGCUUCUACGGCGCCUUCGCCUCCCCAGACUUCCUGGCUCCGCCGGCGGGCGCGGGCGCGGGCGCUCUGGGUGUGGGCGCGGAGCGGCGCUGCAGCUGGCAGCUGGACACGCAGGACCCGCGGCCGCUGCUGCUGCGGCUGGAGCUGCGCCUGGCACCGGGCGACGCGCUGCGGGUGUUCGACGGCCUGGCGCCGCGCCCAGAGCGCCUCCUGCAGGAGCUGUCGCACCACUACAACGCCCGCGCACCGCAGCUGGAGUCCAGCAGGGGGCAGAUGACCCUCCUGUACCGCGCCGCGCCUGGCAGCAGAGGCCGAGGGUUCAGCGCAUCGUACCGCGCCAAGGGCUACUGUUUCCCGGGCGACGCGCCGUGCGGCAGCGACCAGGGCUGCUUCUCUGAACACCAGCGCUGCGACGGCUACUGGCACUGCCCGUCGGGGCGCGACGAGGAGGGCUGCCCGGCGUGUGCCGGCGGCUCGUACCCCUGCGAGGGCUCGGGGGGGGCCUGCUACGCCCCCCAGGAGCGCUGCGACAACCAGAAGCAGUGUGCCACCGGCUCGGACGAGAAGAACUGCCUGGAGUGCCAGCCGGGCAGCUUCCACUGCGGCAGCAACCUGUGCAUCUACGAGACGUGGCGCUGCGACGGCCAGGAGGACUGCACCGACGGCAGCGACGAGCAGGGUUGCCUGGCAACCGUGCCACGCAAGGUCAUCACCGCCGCCAUCAUCGGCAGCCUGGUCUGCAGCCUGCUGCUCGUCAUCGCACUGGGAUGUGCCUUUAAACUCUACACACUGAGGACGAGGGAGUACAGGGCUUUCGAGACACAGAUGACUCGCCUGGAGGCGGAGUUUGUACAGAGGGAAGCUCCGCCCUCUUAUGGUCAGCUGAUUGCCCAAGGUCUCAUUCCACCUGUGGAGGACUUCCCUGUCUACAACCCCAACCAGGUCUCCAUGCUCCAGAACCUUCGCACGGCGAUGCGUCGUCAGCUCCGUCGCCACUCGUCCCGCCGCUCGUCGUCACGGCGACGCCUGGGUCGCGCCUGGAGUCGUCUGUUCCACCGUGGUUCUCGGCUGCGGGGCCACAUCCCUCUGCUGACCCCCCCCUCGGAACACCUCCCCUCGGGGCUCGGCUACGGCAACGACCCCGGCAACGACCCCCCUGCCGCCACCACCCCCUCCCCCUGCUCCACUGCCGCUCUGGGAUUGGCUGCUCUCUGCCACGCCCCCCCUGAGAUGCAAAGCUCGCCCGAGUCACCUGAAUCUCCCGAGUCUCCUGGUUCACCCCUCUCACCCCUCUCACCCCUCUCACCCGACUCACCUGACUCACCCUUGUCUCCGGUCUCACCUGUGUCCUCCCUGCCCUCGGACUCGUCCGGCUCUGAGUGUUCCUCCCCAGAGGCCCCAGCAGGGCAGGACUGCGGCCCAGCGCGAGGCUCCCCCCCUGGGCACUCGGCGGUCGGCGAGGUCCCUGCCCUCCAGAGCCGCAGGAUUGGUCCUCUCGUCUACAGGCACCGCCCUGCGAGGAGGCGGGCCCUGGCACUCGCCGCCCACCUGAGGGGCGUGGCUCUGGUCAGCUACCCUUCCAGAGGCCCCUCGGCCCUCACUUCCCCAGACACGCCCCCUCCCGUCCCCACGAAUCAGGACGCGCCGUGUCAGAGGCAGCAGGUGGUUGGGUCACGGGGCCCUGCAGUUACCACGCCGACAGAGGAGAAACUGAGAGAAGCAUCAGGGUUUAGGAGGGACUCCAACGACCUGUCAAUCACCAGCAGCUCAGGAGACGAGGAGGAAGGGCUGCUACUGAUCACCUGACAGAUCCCUCCUCUCCUCUCUUCCUCUCCUUUUCUCUCUCUUCCUCUCCUUUUCUCUCUC